UCUGUGAGAAGGCAGUAUAGCAUUGAGGAUCGGAUUUAUCAUGGCUACAGCUGUAAGGGGGGGUUUGGUGCAGUCGAUUGGCCAUGAUGCCAAGAUAGGGAGAGACACCUCCUGUGCCAAACAGCCCCUUCAGACAGCUGGGCAAGAAGCUGAGUUCCUGAGUACUCAGCUGCCCCUUGCCUUCAUACCAGAGCACCCUUGGAAUCCUUGACAGCUCACACCCCCUCCCUUAAUUGAACACACCCAAAUUAACUAUGCAGGGAGUUGUUGACCUGCAAAAAGGAGACCCACAGCAAAGCAGUGUCAUCCAUCUUGUGAUACUCUGAAUCCAGUAAAGUAGGAAGGAUUACUACCAUUUUGACCACCCGCCCCCCCGACACCUCCUUGGUUUUCCCCAGUUUUGUGUGGUGCAUCUAUUUCUCCCAGCAUGCUUUGCUGUGGGUGCCAGUAGAGGUCAUGGUUUGGGUCUCAGAGCCUUUGUGCUGCCCCAUAAUGGUUCCAUUCUCCCAGAGAGGCACAGACUCCAGGCCUCUCACACUGGCCACUAUUGUGACUCACAGAGGGACAAAGAGAGACAGACACACAGACGUGGGAGUACUGGGGUGUUUGUGUGGGUGCUGCUUGAGGUUCUGAGUACAUGAACUUGAAUGGGAAACUGAUAUUGAAUUGAAAAUUACUUAUAUAUCCGGUCAAAACUGUUGAUCAGAUUUCUUUUUUGUCACCAAGGUUUUUUCUAGGAUUUAUGUCUGUGUUUUGGGAACUAUUUUUGGGAAACUGUAAGAAAUAUUUUUUUUGGUAUAUUGCACCUUGCAAAAAGAAACACAUGAGUGGUAGUUUGUUCUUAACAGUCCUAGUUAAAUCAAAAUUGUUGCUGCAAAUGAAACAUAGCAGAUAUGACUUUCCAGAGGAGACAGAGGCAGACACUAAAGGUCUGAACACAGCAGUGAAAAAGCUCUAGCCUUGCCUUAAGUGAGCCGCUUUCCAAGCGGCCCUCAUUCUUUCCAUGUCAAGUCAUGGGCAGGUCAUAAUGUAUAGCCUGUGUCUGCGAAAGAGGGAUGGGGUAGAGAGAGAUCGCUGAAAUGACGAUUAGACAACAAAAAAAGGGUGGGACAGAAAGUUUGGUAUUGUGAAGAAGAGAAAGGGAUAGAGACUGUGGAAUGGUAGACGCAGAGAAAGAGGGAGAUGGGAGAGAAGGAGGGAAAAUAGACAAGGAAAGAGGGCGGCUGCUGACUGUUUUUCUCCUGAGCUGUAAACGUGAGUUAGCUGUAAUCGGAUCAGAACUGUGGUGAGAUCAUAAAAGAAGCCUGCCAGCAGCUCCAGAAAGAGCAGCCCACCCUGAGCCCACCCUUAGUUUCUCUCUCUCUCUCUCUCUCUCUCUCUCUCUCUCUCUCUCUCUCUCUCUCUCUCUCUCUCUCUCUCUCUCUUUCUGACAGAGCAGGGAAGAGGACAAAGUCUGCGGCAACAACACUCUUGCACAAUUCUCAGAUGGACUUCAGAUAACACAGUUGUCAUUUGGACUCUGGUAGUAAACUUCAGAUUCAUCAUAUCUUUCCUGGUCCACCUCCUUCUCCACCCUCUCCCCCUUGUGGUUUGACACAAGCCCACAAUGGCAGACCCAUCUGGGCUGGGCCCUAAUGGGGCCGGAGCGGGGUCAGAAGCAGGCAUGGGUGAAGUGGACGUCUGCACCCUGGAGAUUGAGAGGAAGUAUGAAGUCAUCCCUGCUGUCAUCUGCUCCAUGUGCUGCCUGUUUGGUAUCAUCUACUGUUUCUUCGGGUACCGCUGUUUCAAGGCAGUAAUGUUCCUGUCAGGCCUGAUGUUCGGCUCCGUCAUCAUCUUCCUGCUGUGCCACAAGGAGCGGGUGCUGGACACCCAGCUGAGUGUGGAAGCGAGUGCAGGCAUCGGCCUGGGCAUCGGCCUGCUGUGCGGCCUAGUCACCAUGCUAGUGAGGAGUGUGGGCCUGUUCAUGACCGGCCUUCUGCUGGGCCUCUUACUGGCCCUUGCUGCCUUGCUGGUGGCCCACCAAUUCUCCACCCCCACCACAGUGUGGGUGCCCCUGGGCACGCUCCUGGGAACGGGCAUGCUGUUCGCUGUGCUGACAUUACAGUGGCAGAGGCUUUUCACCGUGCUCUCUACGUCUGUGUUUGGGGCAGCCAUCAUGACAGUGUGUGCUGACUACUUUGUGGAAAUGCUAGCUCUAGCUACACAUGUCUAUGAAUGUCUGCGUUUGGCACCUGCUCCGCUGCUAUGCUGGUACAGCUGGGUCAUCUUGGGCAUUUGGCCGGCGCUCAGCUUCAUGGGAGUUCUGGUGCAGUGGAAGCUGACAGCUGAGGGCUUCUCACACACUGAAGUCAUCAUUAGCAGGAGGCAAAAAAGAGUCCAGUUAAUGCGAAUCAGGCAGAAGGAUGCCAAGAAGCGUCAGCAGGGUGGGGGGCAGGAGGGCACGUAUCGCCGCAAGCCCACUCCAGUGAAACGCUACGCUGGAGACCUACUUGCACCUAGCUACCUGCAGAGUCUCAGGGAUCGACAGAUGGGGACAGGCACUUCCCUCAGCAGUAUGGGAACAGCAAACCACACCACGAUUGAUUUUGACUAUGAGACAGGCUCCACAGUGCCCCUCACUGCUACAACUCCUGUGAUAAGGGUCUGAGGGAGCCUGAGACACAGAACCCUUUUCUCUCCCCCACCAACUUUGAUCUCUUGAAUCUCUAGACAUUAUUGCAGCGGUCUCUGCACUUCGAGUGACCAUCCAUAUUAGACAAUGUGAGAUUCAAUAAAAUCCAAGACCCCUCUACCGAGCUGAAGAAGAGCCUUUUACAGUAUUUGGUCAGCCAUAACAUCAAUGCAGUUUACCUCCAGUGUAUCUUAUCUGUCAUGCUGGAUGCUUGGAGGAGUGCAGAACUGAAGUGCAUCUACAUCUUCCUUCCUGUGUGCUGUUCCUUCAGAGGUGGUGUUGGUGAAAGGAGGUCUCCUCCUGUUUGAUGUGUGCUGUAACCACUUUGUCAAUAGACUGGCCUCUCCCUGUUUUGUGUCUGCCCUGGCCGGUGGCAGCUCCAUGUGAAAAGUCUAAAGGUCAGUUCUGCCAGAGAUCAGGAGGGGGGACUUCAAACAGCCCAUUUGGUUUUCUUGCACGCAAGUCAGAAGCAGCAUUAAAAGAGAAUAAGCUAUCGUUUUUGAGAUGAUCAGCUUCCUCUUGUUCUAUAAUCAUUGAAUAAUGUAGUCAAAAAAUGGGACUGGAUAUGGCCAUCAAAAGCAAUAGAGUUACCCUCUCACAGAAAAUCAAUGAUUGCAAUCUGAGUAAUCUGUGCAUCAAAGAGUUGAAUGACCUUGUGGCAUAUGCAUUCUGUCAACAGUUGUUGACGCCUGUCCUGCACAACAGUUGAAGCUCCCCCAGUGAGUGAAGUGGGAUUAAACUAAGGAAAGGACAACCGUGCAUACAUUUCUCUGCUCUUUGUUGCUCGAGUUGCUGUGUGUGUGCGUGUGUGUGUGUGUGUGUGUGUGUGUGUGUGUGUGUGUGUUUGAUAAGUCAUGGUAUAUGUGUUGAAACAAUUAUCUGUGUUGGCUGUGCCUUUUAUUAUGAACACAUACACUAAAUGACCAAUAGUAUGUGGAAACAGCUUAGUAUACAGACACCUGCUUGUUGAACCUCUCAUUCCAAAAUCAUGGGCAUUAAUAUGGAGGUAGUUUCCACUUUUUUUUUUAUAACUGCCUUCACUUUUCUGGUAAGGCUUUCCAAUAGAUGUUGUAACAUUGAUGCAGGAUUUUCUUCCAUUCAGCCACAAGGGCAUUAGGGAUGUUGGGCACAUUAAGGAUGAUUAGACCUGGCUUGAAGAUAGUGAUAGAAUGUAUCCCAAUGGUAUACAUUAAUGGUGUUUUGAUCUGGAAUCUGUGCAGUUAAUUUAAGUUUUUCUAUACCAAGCUUAACAAAUAAUUUCUGUGUGGACCUUGAUUUGUGCAUGGGGGCAUUAUCAAGCUAAGCCUUUCCCAAAAAGUGUCAAGUACAGAAUUGUCUGGGAUGAAAUUUUGAAGCUUAAGCAUCAUAUUUCCACCAGUAAGUGCUCUAGCCUAAAACCAUGAAAACAGACCCUAAUGCUAAUUGGCUUGAUAAUGCGCCCAUGCUGAAAGUGAGGUCCAUACAGAGGGGUUUUGUAAAGUUUGAUGUCGAAAAACGUAUCCAUGGUAAUGCCCCUGGUUUUGAAAUGCCUUACAAGCUCAUUUAGGUGUGAUGUUCAGGUGUCACAUACGUUUAGCCAGUGUACAACUGCUUUUCAGGAUUGUUUUGGAUGUCUGAUUCAGAUCUAGUGUGGUAUGAUGAGAGACUUGAAUACAACAGACCCCCUACUAAUACACAAAGCCAUUCAGUGCCUAAAUACAAUGAGGUGACAUGUUCUGUAGCAUUAAAUAAGUUAGCUUUUAUCAUAAAUCUACUUGAUGGCUUCUGGCCCAUUUUGCUGGUGGAACAUAAUAAACCUUUUGGGACAUGUAAUACUAUUACUUUUGGUCAUUUCAGACAAAUAUUUCUGUGAAGUAGUGUUUUUUUUAUUAGUUAAUGGGCUAUCUUAUCUGUGGAGUGCCUGUAUUCAGUUAUUUAUAAAAUUAACAUGGAAGAGCCAUCAAAUUAACUAGAGAACAGUUGCCAUAAUCUCAUAGGUUACUUUUUGACUGAAAUAAUCUUACAGAGGCAGUACCCUCUUGUAUUCUCAAUAUGUAAAUAAAUGUUGACAGGACAUUGAAAAGAUAAACAAU